AUGGACAUGAAAACAAGUACAGCAGUAGCAGUCAAAAGAGAGCCUGCCAACGAAGAUGACUUCGAAGAAGAACUCGCCGCCGCCCAUAUCGACAGCAAUGAGGACGAAGCUGAUCAGUAUGCUCUGACUCUCAGAAUGUGGGUCAUUGGUGUCAUUUUCUCCAUCGUUGGCUGCGCUUUGAAUACAAUUUUUGAGCUACUGAACCCAUCUAUCAGUAUUGCCAAGUCAACAGCUCAGUUACUGGCUUUUCCUGUCGAGAAAAAGAAGUUCUUUAAGAAGGAGACCGGCUGGGGGUUCGAAAUCAUGAUGAUUCUUGCUCUGUUCCUUAUCGGAUUUGCUUUUUCGGGGUUUACUCGAUCAGCUCUGGUAAAGCCUAAAAGUAUCAUAUGGCCCGGGCUACUCGGUAUUACCGCACAGACAAGUGUUUUGCAUUGGCAUGGAGGGCUUAAAACAUCGAGCUCCUCCAGUUGGAAGAUCUCGGGCUUCGCGUUCUUCUGCGUUGUCUUCACAGCAUCAUUCUUCUGGUACUGGUUGCCUGAUUUCCUGUUCCCGGCAUUGAGUUACUUUAGCUUUCCUUGUUGGAUCAACCCCUUCAAUCGUGUGGUCAAUCAGGUGUUCGGGUUUCAUCGUGUAUGGGACUUCUACCGCUCACUCUUGACUAUUGCCUACGUCUCGUCCCCAUUGCCUGUACCCUCCUGGGCAAUUGCGAAUGUCGCCGUGGCACUUGUCUUUUGGGUAUACUUAGUCACCCCGGCGUGCUACUACAUGAAUGUGUGGAACGCAGGAUACCUUCCCUUUCAAAGCUUCGAUAUUUAUGAUAACACAGGAGGCGUUUAUAGUGUGUCGAGGAUCCUGGGUGAGGGAACUGGCUUCCAAUUAGACGUUGCGAAGUACGAGAAUUAUUCGCCUGUCUAUAUGCCUAUUACAUAUGCUCUGAAUACCUGUGCAUUAGCAAUUGCAACACUAGCUUCGCUUAUUGUUUGGGUGGCCCUUGAGCAUAACGAUGUGCUUUCAUCUGCAGUGGGGAAUGCUUGGGAAUAUGGCCGUGCGAUGUUCUUGAGAGAAAUUGGUUCCACGAAGGAGAGAGUGCAGAAUCCCGACGACGUCCCCAUAUGGUGCCACCUUCUUCUAUCCGGCAUGUCGGGCGUGACUCUGAUAUUCGCCACUGCCAACAUCAAGAUUGGGGUCGAAAUCUUUUGUCGUAUUGUGGCUGGGUUCGUUUGGGAGGGCAAGCCUCUCGCAAACAAUUGUUUUGUUGGACUCGGUUAUACCACAAUCGUGAACGGGCUUUCCUUUUCGCAGGAUAUGAAACUCUGUACUUUCUACGAUAUAUCCCCAGGCUCAGUCUUCCUAACCUAA